AUGUGGAAGACAACAUCUAGCUGUUUUUUCCUGAUUGCAAUAACUCGGAGCUGCUUUUGCUAUGGAUAUGCAAUUAAUCCUGACGACGACGUAUCAGUCAUGGCUCGCUUCGCUAUUGACGCAACGAAAGCAGACGGAAUCGGUACAAGCCCGUCAACGAUUACUGCGUUUCUCUGCUUGGAAAAAGAUCUGGAUCACCAUCGUAACUAUUACAUAAUUGACAUCGAUUGUCCAGGUGCUUUCGAUAUCUUGAUACAGGCGAACUCAGCUGGCAUGUUUACAGCACCAACGAAGUGGCUUCUACUCCAAGAUUUAAGGAAUGGCGGAAAUGUGUCCGAUAAAUUGGCACAAAUUCUGAACCGAGAGAUCUUUCAGCUAUUUGAGAACAUGUCGAUAUUUCCCGACAGCGAUGUGGUUAUCGGACAGAAAGUAAGAUCGGACUUUAUUAAAUUAAUCUCGAUCUAUAGACCAAGUAAUGCACGCAAACUUGUCAUCGAAGAUCGAGGAUACUGGAAAAACGGAGAUGGCAUAACCUUAAACUCAACGCGGAUUUCCUCCGUUCGAAGAAAAAACUUGCGAGGAACACCGCUCAAGUCAUGUUUAGUCAUUGCAGAUCCCGAUUCCAUCAACCAUUUGACUGAUUUUGAGAACCGGCAUAUAGACACGAUAGCCAAGGUGAAUUAUCCGUGGGUACUUUUCUUGGUGGAAAUAAUGAACGCAACAGUGAGCUUCGAGAUCGUCGAAAGCUGGGGUUACCGAGACUCGAACAAUACGUGGAGCGGAAUGAUCGGUAUGCUGGAUCGAAAGGAGAUCGAUUUAGGAGGCACGGCGUUGUUCUUCACUCAAGAGAGAACGGACGUGAUUCAGUACAUUUCGCUCUACACGCCCACAAGAGCAAAAUUCAUCUUCCGACGUCCACCCUUGUCUUACGUCAGCAACGUGUUUGUUCUACCCUUUCGACCAACCGUGUGGAUAGCGAGCAUAGUGUUCCUGAUACUGGUUUCCGUUCUCCUCUACGUCGCCUGGAAAUGGGAAUGGCACGCUACCCCGACUGAAGUACGGGAAAAGCUUCUCUUGACCGGAAAUACAGCCCGUAUUUCGCUCAGUGACAAUAUCCUGAUUAUUAUCGGGGCAGUUUCUCAGCAAGGAUCUACGUUCGAGCCACGCCGGUUUUCCACACGGAUUAUCGUGCUGAUGCUGUUCAUCGCGCUUUUGAGCCUGUACACUUCGUACACCGCAAAUAUAGUCGCUUUACUCCAGUCUUCAACCGGUUCGAUCAACACCUUGGACAAGCUUUUGCGCAGUUCUUUGAAGAUCGGGGUCGCCGAUAACGUCUACAAUCGUUACUAUUUUUCGACGUUCCAAGACCCAGUUCGCAAGGCUAUAUACGAGCAAAAAGUUGUACCAAAAGGUCAAAAGCCAGCGUGGAUGAGCAUGGAAGAGGGAGUGCGAAGGUUGAGGAAGGGGCGAUUCGCGUUUCACGCGGAAUCGGGUUCGGCCUACAAAUUGGUGCAGGAGACAUUCCAAGAGGAGGAGAAGUGCGGUAUCGAAGAAAUCGACUAUCUACACGUCCUCGAUCCUCUCUUAGCUAUCCAAAAGCGCUCACCGUAUCUGGAGAUAAUAAAAGUUGGGGCGCUGAAAUUGCGCGAAAGUGGAUUACAGACCCGGCAUAUAAAACGAUUAUACACAAAAAAACCGACAUGCAACGGUCACACCAGCUUCGUGAGCGUUGGCUUGAUCGACGUUUACGCAGCCUUCGCAACAAUCGGUUGGGGGGCCUUAUUGUCGCUGAUUGUACUCUUGUUCGAGAUCCUCUGGUAUCGACAAAAGGUGCAACGCGGUGCUGCGAUGAAAAAAUCGUCAAGUAAAAGCGGCAGACAUUCUAUCGAGGUUUCUUCUGACUGGUCGUAA